GAGAACGCUGCUCUGGAGGCCGAGGUUCGAACCCUCCAACGGAGGCUGUCUCGGAGGGAUCAUGAGAUAAAUAAACAGGAAAGAGAACUUCAUAAACUCAGGAGUGUGCUACAGCAGGCUUCUCAGAUGAUGGCUCGAGGAGAAGAUCAUUUAUUGAAUACUAUACAGGAUUCUCACAGUAUGGCCGGUCAGAUCGUGUUCAAUAAGAAGCAGGGAGUAUCAGGGGAGAGUAAUAUUAGCACUGCUACAGCACAGAAACAUAGCAAGGACUUCAGAUCGAAGACCCUGAUCAAAGAGGCGAUCAUGGAAAAUGAUUUUCUUAAAAACCUCUCCUCGGCUCAGGUUCGAGAAAUUGUUGAUGUCAUGGAAGAGAAAAGGGUUCAUAAAGGAAGCUUUGUCAUCAGAGAAGGUGAAACUGGUUCUCACCUUUACGUUGCUGCUGACGGAGAAUUUGAAGUUAUCAAGGAUGGAAAAGUGCUGGGUAGACUCGGCGGAGGGAAGGCAUUUGGUGAACUUGCGAUACUGUACAACUGUAAACGUACUGCAUCCAUUAAGGUGAAGUUUCUCCGAAGUGUCCCCCUCCUGUCCAAUCUACCAAUGGAUCUGUUUACAAGGAUGUCGGAUGUUCUUGAAAUAGAAAUAUUCAAGUUAGGAGAAUAUAUACUCCGCGAGGGUACUGCUGGAGACAGUUUCUACAUAAUCUCUGAAGGAGAUGUCAGGGUUACACAGAACAUUGAUAAUGAGGAGAAAAAUAUUAGAGUUCUGUCCAGAGGAGAAUAUUUUGGAGAACAGGCAUUGCUGAAUACACACAUAAGGACAGCAAAUGUUAUCGCAGCGUCCGCCACUGUUGAGUGUCUCACACUGGAUCGAGAGUCAUUCUUCCAAUUUGUUGGAGACCUGACAGAACUAAAGGAGAAGGAGUACUGUGCUCCGACAAAACAUGAACUUAGUACAGUACCAUCAGAGGAGACUCUGGACAUUGAUCUUGAGGAUCUUGAGGUUAUUGCAACCCUAGGAGUUGGAGGGUUUGGGAGGGUAGAACUAGUACAGCCCCGUGAUAAACCAAACUCUUCCUAUGCUCUCAAAUGUUUAAGAAAACAUCACAUUGUGGAGACACAACAGCAGGAAUGCAGAACAAAGGAUUAUUUAAAUCCUCCUGGAUAUUCAGUGGUGAUUGUAUCCUGCAGAGAUAACUUAAAAGAAGGGAUUAAGCACUCAUUUCUCAUAAAAGUUAAUAAGUGGACAGGGUCAACUUUUAACCAGCUGUACAGUACAAUUACCGACGGGACGGUACGUCAAAUGAAUUUAAGUUUAUAUGGCGUUGAAGAUUAUGGUCAUUUUACAAACAUUUUUAAUUUUAGAUUGUAUAAAACGUACAGGGAUGAGAAGUAUAUAUAUAUGCUGAUGGAGGCCAGUCUUGGAGGAGAACUCUGGACUAUUCUUCGAGAUAGAGGUUGGUUUGAUGAUAGUACAACAAGGUUCUAUAUGGGUUGUGUGGUCAGCGCUCUAGAUUAUCUUCAUAGCAGAGGAAUAAUUUACAGAGACUUGAAACCAGAAAAUCUACUGCUAGAUUGCGAGGGGUAUGUGAAAAUGGUAGAUUUCGGGUUCUCCAAGUUUCUAAUCCCUGGUGAGAAAACCUGGACCUUCUGUGGAACCCCUGAGUAUGUUGCCCCUGAGAUAAUAUUGAACAAGGGGCAUGACAGGGCUGUGGAUUUCUGGUCCCUGGGUAUCCUUAUGUACGAACUACUAACGGGAACACCUCCGUUUACAGCCUCCGAUCCCAUGAAGGUCUACAAUAUUAUCCUCAGAGGAUUUGAUCAACUAGACUUUCCUCGGCAUAUAACAAGGGUGGCUGUAACGAUCAUGAAGAAAUUUUGCCGUGACAACCCAGUAGAACGACUUGGUUAUCAGAAAGACGGGGUCAUGGACAUCAAAAAGAAUCGUUGGUUUCAGGGUUUCGAUUGGGAUGGGCUGUCGACACGAACAUUGUCGCCCCCGAUCCUACCGACAGUCCACUCGAAGACCGACACAUCAAACUUCGACAAGUUUCCUCGUGACGCUGCUGUGCCGAAGGAUGAAAACUCUGGUUGGGAUCUCAACUUUUAAUCAUUCUUUAUUAAAUUUUAUUUUUAUGCUUCUUGUACUGGGUUCUUAGAAAGUAUUUUUGUUAUUUAUGAAUUAUAUUUAAAAUUAUAUUAGGGAGCAGGGUGUAUUCCAACUUUUUAGGAAACACCUUUUUUAAAAUGUUAUAUUUUUUUCGGCCACCAAAACCAAAUUUUCUUAAAGAAUGAAACCUCAGAGACCAUUUUAUUCUUAAACAAUUAUGGCUCAUUGCAGCAACAAAAUAAAUUUUAAAAGACUAUUUAUAAAGUUUUUUUGUUUAAUGCAAACAAAAUCAGUUUUGCUCAUCUUCAAAGUUUCAUCGAUUUUGGGUAACUCGUUACAUACUUUACUGUAAUUGUGAAUCAUAUUGUUAUUGCUAAACCAAUUUUGUCUAGAAAACAUCCAAAUUGCUGUUCUUAGACUAACCUUAGACUCAACACAAAUAAACUAAAUUUUUUGUUCUGAUUUCAGAAGCACAUAGAUGGUUAAUGCUCAAAUUAGAUUUUUAGAACAAAAUACUGGUUGACGUUGAAUUACGUAGAGUAUAAAUAAAAACUGGGUAUGUAUUACACGAACUAAGAAGAGUUUGUCUAUAGUUAGUCUGUGAUGUUGCUGCUUUAUUUAAAGUGUAUGAGCUCAAACCAAACUUUGUAAAAAAAAAUUUGAUCUCAAUUUUGAAUUAUGAAAUCAAAAAUUAAUCUGGGUAUUAUUAUUAUGUGUAUUAAAGUAUAUGAACAUUAACAAUGAACAUGGGAUUUGAGUAAUGACAUAUAUGGUAUUUGUUCCACAAGACUAUUAUAGAUAUAAAAUGGUAUACCUGUCUUUGAAAAGCUCAUAAGACGUACAAUCAGUUUUUUAAACAUUGUCUAUUAUCUACGGAAAUCAUAGAAUAUAUUUAAAUGUCUUUUAAUUAAUUUUAUUGUAAACUUGUAAAUGUAAAUUGUAUAUGUAAUUUUAUUGUAACUAGUAUGUGUAAAUUCAGUAAAUCACCCUUCUUAUUUG